GCGAGUGGCCGUGCUGCCAUGCCCCUUCCCGCGCUCGGGGACGGCUCCGGGAAGCUCCUCCCGCGCUCCUGCUCGCAUCGCCCGCCCAGAUUCAUCUCUUCUGAGUAAAUGAAGAAAGUGACUAUGAAGGCACAGCAUCUGCCUUCUGUUUUCAUCAAUGAAGACAAGCUCAUAACCAGAGAGGAACUCAGUUCUCUUCUGAAGAAUUACAACUCUUACUAUUCAGAUCAAGAGAAUUUGCAACUGACAUAUAGUCAGCGAGAAGGAGGCACACCAUUCAUUGAAGGAAUCCUCUCAAUAUUCUGGGGAGUGCGACAUCCCAUCCGAUUAAAAAUUCAGGAUGAGAAGCAGAUACCCUCUUUUGUGACCCUGAAGCCAACAGAAAAUGUGGAUUUUUUCCCUAGUAAAAGGGGAAUGACUCGCUGGGGAGAAUUUGAUGACCUCCAUCACAUUAGUGGGGAUACAAUGAAGUCUACUGAGGAGCAGCCAGACCUUGAGCAAGGUUAUCCGUGCUAUGACAGCCACACGCUCAAGUCCCGGAGGGAGCAGGAGCUGGACUGUGCCACCCUGCCCCGCACCAGCAGCGAUGCCGCGGCCGUGCGCAAGAGGACCAAGCUCCCGGCCAGAACCAGGACAGAAGCAGAAACUCACAGGUUCUCCAUCAAUGGCCACUUCUACAACCACGAGACAUCAAUUUUCACUCCGGCUUUUGGAUCGGAAACCAAAAUAAGAAUCAACAGCCAGAUGGGAACCAGACAAGUGAUAGAACAGUUGCUUCGUAAGUUUAAGAUAGAAAACAGCCCCCAUGACUUUGCACUUUAUGUUAUCCAUGCAUCUGGAGAAAAGAAGCAGCUGAGGAGUGGAGAUGUUCCCUUGCUGCACAGGCUGCUGCAGGGGCCCUCUAAGAAUAUUGCCAAGUUCUUUCUCAUGGAUGGGGACGUGGAAGAGAUCAGCAGUGACGUUGCUCAGUACAUUUCAUUUCAUCUUCCCUUUUUGGAGUCGAUUCUGCACAGAAUAAAUGAAGAGGAGAAGCAAGAGAUUCAACAGACAAAGUCAAGGUACCUAAGGGAGAAGAACCUGAUCCGGCAACAGCUUCGCAGUCGAAGCGCUAAAAAAACAGAGACUACGGUAUGAUGGGACGGCCCCUGGGCUCCACCCGGGAACGGCCCCUCGGGAAGGGCCUGCCUGCUGCCUCCUGUGGGCUGGGACGGAGCAGUGCCGCAGCCUCGCAGAGGGCAGGGUGGGGAGGGAGCAGCUUCAGCUGCUGGGGCACGGCUGGAAUCCCCUGGGGAGAUGCACUGCAGCACCAGAACAGCACACGCUGCAUCUGGCUUGGAACUCGGGCAGAAAAUCCCCUGAAAAGCCCAAGGCUUGAAACCCUGCUGAUGCGUGACCUGGUACCAAGAGGCUGGCACCGAAAGUUAUUGCAAUAACCAGUGUGCUGAUAGAAAAUACGCAAAUUAAGAGUGUGGUUAUCCCUCUGUUAGAGAAGUAUCAUAUUAGCAGAAAGCUUUUCAAUAGAGCCAAGUGGCAGAAGGUAUUUAUGUAUUUAAGAUUGCAGGUGGAAUUUUCACUUAAGUUAUAAAGUAUCCAUACAAGAUGCCUGAAAUCCACUGGCUUCAGGCUGGUGGAUGCUGAAACUGCUUAAGCUUUGAGCUACUGUUAGAAAAAUAUAACUGGAAACCCUUCCACUUAGGAGCUGCUCAGCUCUUAGUAAUGACAGGGAAUUUAUCGCUGAAAUACCUCUUGAACUGCAAAGUAAGAACUGACUGAACACUCUUGGGUCCUGAAAGGCAUCUCAGUGGUUUUGUAGUUGGAAUAAAUGAUGGUGUGUUUUCUGUUUGCCAGGGAAUUGGGAAGUGCUCGGUGAGAGGCUGCGUGUUACAGCCACGCAGGGUUGGGCUCAUGGCCUCCCCAGGGAUGCAGUUUGGGUCCAGCCCCCCCAGGGCACAGCAGCCAACUGCCAGGUCCUUUCUGGCUGAGUUGUGCUCAG